AUGUCCCCUAAUUUCAUCUCAUUGGAUCCAGAAUUUUGUGGAUUUUGUGGGGCAAUUCUUCCAAUGCCUCAAACUGCUCCAUCCUCAGUUGCUUGUCUUGUUUGUGGUACUCGGUGGCACGUGAAAGAGAAGCUUAAUCACCUCGUAUGUCGGAUAGAAAAAAUCUAUGAGCGAACUGUGGCUGACACUGAAGGGAUGGAGCAUGACGAUGGAGCGGAUGCCGUUGUGGAUCACGUUUGUAGCAAGUGCGGUCAUAACAAAGCAUCUUAUUCUACCAUGCAAACACGAUCAGCAGAUGAAGGGCAAACAGUGUUUUAUACAUGCCUCAAGUGCAAAAGAAAAGAUAUUGAAUAUUCCUGA